AUGUUCCAAAUGCUCCAAACCGUGGGCCAAUUCAGUGGCAUAGGAACAGAAGAUCCUCACCUCCAUCUUACACAAUUUAUGGAGGUGAGUGAUACUUUCAAGAUAACAGGGGUGACUGAAGAUGCAUUGAGGUUAAAGUUAUUCCCUUAUUCUUUAAGGGAUAGAGCUCGGGUAUGGCUAAAUUCUUUGCCUCCAGAUUCGGUGGUAACAUGGGAUGAUUUGGCAGAGAAGUUUCUCAUGAAAUACUUCCCUCCAACCAAGAAUGCCAAGCUAAGAAAUGACAUUACCUCCUUCCAACAAGCAGAUGGGGAGUCAUUGUAUGAAGCAUGGGAAAGAUUCAAGGAGCUAUUGGGGAAGUGCCCUCAACAUGGGAUCCCCCAUUGGAUUCAAAUAGAGACAUUUUAUAAUGGUCUCAAUGGGCAAACAAGGACUAUAGUUGAUGCCGCAGCUCGUGGAGUCAUUUUGGCCAAAUCUUACAAUGAAGCAUAUGAAAUUUUGGAGAGGAUGACCAACAGCAAUUAUCAAUGGCCAACCGAGAGACUUAAUGCGAGGAAGGCUUCUGGUAUUCAUGAAGUUGAUGCCAUCACUGCAUUCUCAGCUCAAAUGUCAUCCUUGACGAAUAUGGUAAAAGCAUUGCACAUGCUGGCAGGGGUAAAUGUUGUGCAAACUGCUGGAUUCUCUUGUGUUUACUGUGGAGAGGGCCACUUGUAUGAAGAUUGCCCAUCCAACCCAGCCUCCGCUUACUAUGUUGCUAAUUUCAACAGGAGCAGCAAUCCUUAUUCGAAUCCUCACCACCAAGGGUUGAGCCAACAUCCAAAUAUGGCUUGGAGUAACCAAGGAGCGGGUUCUAGUGGAGCUAACGCUUAUUAUAGACCCACAUAUCCACCCGGUUAUUCACAUCAACAACAAAGAAUACAAGCAGAUCAAUCUAGCUCUUUAGAGAGUUUGCUAAAGGAAUUUAUAGCAAGGAGUGAAGCCAAAAUCCAAAGUCAUGAUGCAACACUGAGGAAUUUAGAAAAUCAAAUGGAGCAGCUUGCUAACUCUUUGAACAACCGACCUCAAGGCUCUCUCCCAAGCAACACCGAAGAUCCACGUAGAGAAGGGAAAGAACACUGCAAGGCUAUUUCACUAAGGAGUGGAAAGGAGUUGGACCCAAGGACAAGACCUCAGGCUGUACAAACAGAGCCCACUUCAAUCCAAGAGGAAGAGCAGCAAACUCAGCCACAAGAAGAACAACGAAGGAAGCAACAGCCAAAUUCUGACGUCCAGAAUGCUGCAUCAUUUCCACAGCAUUCUGGAGUGGCAGACACCAGUAACAGCAGUAGCAACCGACCACCUCCACCAUUCCCACGGCGUUUUCAGAGACAACAACAAGAUGGGCAGUUUCAUAAGUUUUUGGAUGUUUUGAAGCAGCUACACAUCAACAUACCAUUAGUUGAGGCCCUAGAAAAGAUGCCAAACUACACCAAGUUCGUGAAAGAGUUGGUCACUAAAAAAUGCCGGUUUGGAGAAUUUGAAAUGGUGGCUUUGACAGAGGAAUGCAGCGCCAUAUUGCAAAAUAAGCUCCCUCCCAAGCUGAAGGAUCCUGGAAGCUUCACUAUCCCGUGUUCAAUUGGAAACUAA